AUGUCUCUAGACGUCCGGCUCCGCGUCUCCUGGCCGAGUCGCGCGGUCCUCUUGUUCUCCUGCUUAUCACACGCCUUUUACAUACCAGGCGUGUCAAUACGAAGCUAUCGAGACGAGGAGAACAUACCGCUGCUCGUGAACAAGGUCUACUCGGAUAAAAGCCAGCUCCAGUAUGCAUAUUUCGACUUGCCUUUUGUCUGCCCUCCCACCGGCAACAAGCACCAUGGCUCGUCCUUCGCCAGCGGCCAUAGCGUUCCCCUCAAUCUGGGCGAGGUCCUUCGGGGAGACAGGAUUAAGACUUCGGACCUGGAGAUGAAUAUGGGAGAGGACAUAGAUUGUCAGUACCUGUGCGAUCGGGUGGUGGGCCGGAAAGAGGUGGAAUGGGCUCAGCAACUGAUUGAAGACGAAUACGUCACCGAAUGGAUUCUCGACAAUCUCCCCGGAGCCACCUCCUUUGUUACCGUGGAUCGGACUCGGAAGUACUAUGCAUCAGGGUUCAAGAUGGGAUACAAGGAUUUCGAUGUCGCCACGGGUCAAGAGAUGUUCUACCUUUACAACCAUCAUACCCUUGUGGUCCGAUGGCGGCCAGCUCCUGGAAAGGCCGGGGAUAAUGGCGGUAAAGUCAUUGUUGGAUUUGAGGUGUAUCCCAAGAGCGUCCAUGGAGGGCAUCGCAACGAGACUGGCUGUCCACUCGAUGUCUCAGGUGAACAGGAGCCGUUGGCCCUCUAUAUUCCUGGCAACAGCACCAACUUGAUGGAACAGUACGCAGAUUCAUCCUACAUCCCCGAAGGCCAUGUUGACAUGGAAGACGGCGCCACUAUGACGAUCCCAUACACUUACUCGCUCUACUUUUUCGAAGAACGCGGGGUAGAAUGGUCGAAUCGUUGGGAUCUAUAUUUCAAUGAUCAGGCCGAGAGCUCCUUCACCCACUGGCUGGCCAUUGUCAACUCCCUCAUCAUAUCGGGCAUUCUGGGUGCAAUCUGCAUUGUCAUCUGGGGACGGACAAUGCAGGGGGAUGUCAAAGGCCGGGGUGACGGAAUGCUCGAAGAGGCCCGACUGAAGAUCGGCAAACGCGAGAAAAACAAGUCAAGCAGCGGGCUGCUGGAGAAGAUCUCCGAGACCAGCCCGGAUGAUGAUCUGUCCUCGGAUGAGGAACCGCUGGAAGAAAUCACCGGCUGGAAACUGCUCCACGGCGAUGUUUUCAGGCCGCCGCCAUGCGGAGGUCUCCUUGCCCCCUUGAUUGGGUCUGGGAUCCAGCUGGUAUUUGUGAUUGUAGGCCUGUUGGGUCUCAGCUGUGCUGGCAUUCUGAAUCCGAGCUGGCGCGGAGGGUUUUGGAGCGUGGGCGCUGGACUCUUCGUAUUUGCGGGCGGGUUUUCAGGAUAUUUCUCUGCGCGAGUGUACAAGACCUUCGGCGGCCAGAAUUGGCGAAAGAAUACAAUGAUGACCGCGCUCCUCUUCCCUGGGCUCUUGUUCACCCUCGUCUUCGUCCUCAACCUAUUCUGCUGGGCGCAAGCUUCUUCGACUGCCCUGCCAUUCUCGACUCUCCUGGGGUUGGCAUGUCUCUGGCUGCUGAUCCAGCUCCCGCUCGUCCACCUGGGAUCGUAUUGGGGCUUCUACAGAUCCCCAGCCUGGGAACACCCGACCAAGACGAACGCCAUUCCUCGCCAAAUCCCGCCGCAGGCGUGGUAUAUGAAACAGCAAAUCACACUGGCUCUGGGCGCUGGGCUGGUGGCCUUUGCAGUACUGUUCAUCGAGCUCAUCUUCGUCUUUAAAUCGCUCUAUCUGGACAAAUCAUCCUAUUACUACGUCUUCGGGUUUUUGAGCAUCAUCUCCGCUCUCCUGUCGAUUACGAUUGUCGAGACGGUCAUCAUCGCGACAUACAUACAACUCUGUGCCGAGAAUUACAACUGGUGGUGGCAGUCAUUUUGCGUUGGCGGAGCAUCGGGCUUUUGGAUCUUUGUAUACUCGGUGUGGUACUAUGCCACGCGAUUACACAUUGACGGGUUUGUGAGCAGUUUGUUGUUUUUCAGCUACAGCGCCCUUGCUUGUGCUGUGUAUUCACUGGCCACGGGAACCAUGGGGUUCCUGACGGCGUACAUGUUUGUUCGACGGAUAUAUGGGGGCGUCAAGGUGGAUUGA